AUGGAGCAGACAGAUCGCUCUCAGCUGCUGCCGCGGAGUUUAUCCAAUGCACGCCAAAGCUUCUCUACUUCACCACGCUUUCGAUUCUCUUUGGAGACUGACUCCACGAUAUAUGCAUUAUCAACUGCUCCCGGUCGGGCCGCUAUAGCAGUUGUGCGAUUGUCAGGACCCGCAUGUGUGCAGGUCUAUCACGCCCUUUGUCCCAAUGCGCGUCUCCCUCGUCCUCGCAUUGCGGCUGUGCGCACCGUCUACGAUCCGACACAAAAGCCCUCAGCCAACACGGUUCUCGAUACAGGAGCCCUUGUGCUGUAUUUUCCUGGACCCAAGACCGUCACAGGCGAGGACGUGCUCGAAUUUCACCUGCACGGCGGACCGGCUAUCGUCAGAUCUGUCUUAGCGGCUAUCGCCCGCACGAGCCGACCGGAUGAGAGUCUCGUGCGCUAUGCGGAACCCGGUGAAUUUACUCGGCGAGCGUUUAUGAAUAACCGGCUGGGGCUGCCGCAGAUCGAGGCGUUGGGGGAUACCUUGACUGCUGACACAGAGCAGCAGCGACGUCUUGCUGUGCGGGGCGCGAGCGAUGCGCUUUCCAAGCGCUAUGAACUGUGGCGUCAGCAGCUACUCUAUGCGCGCGGGGAGCUGGAGGCGUUGAUUGAUUUCUCCGAGGACCAGCAUUUUGACGAGUCUCCGGUGGAGUUGAUCAGCUCUGUUGCCGUGCAGGUCCGGGCGCUGCAGGCGCAGCUCAAACUGCAUGUGGAGAAUGCGUCGAAGGGUGAACUUCUGCGUAAUGGCAUCAAGAUUGCCUUGCUGGGUGCUCCCAAUGCAGGCAAGAGCUCGCUUUUGAACCGGGUUGUGGGCAAAGAAGCCGCCAUUGUCAGUACUGAGGAGGGAACUACGCGAGACAUCGUAGAUGUCGGAGUGGACGUUGGUGGGUGGUACUGCAAGCUCGGUGACAUGGCUGGCAUACGCUCGGAGAAUAGCAGCCAAAGAACGGUGGUUAUUGGAGCAGUCGAGAAGGAAGGCAUUCGGCGUGCCCGAGCCAGGGCUUUGGAGUCGGACGUGAUUGUCGUUGUUCUGUCCCUAGAAGAAGGCGCCAAUGGUUCGCCUUACCGCUUGUCUGUCGAGCAGGAAGUCGUCGAUGCUGUCAGCGACUGUGUGCAAGCUGGGAAGUGUAUCGUGGUGGCAAUCAACAAAUGCGAUCGUCUGCCAGUAGCGGACCGAUUGGGCCAACCACUCCACGAUUUGAGAGAAAGGAUACGGACGCUCUUCCCAGCUGUGCCGGAGAAGCGGAUAUUCAGCAUCUCCUGUCAGGAAGCUACACAAGGAGUUUCGUUGGCGCAAGCGGAUCCAGGGAACCUGCAGGGAUUUAUGCGAGGCCUUAUCUCAACAUUUGAAGAGAUUGCGUCCCCAACGGGACUUGAAGGGGAUGAAAAUGGACAAUAUGAUAUUUCUUACUGGGAGGAUUCAUUAGGAGUGACCCAUCGCCAAAGCUCUAAUUUACAAAGAUGCCUGCAACACCUGGAUGAUUUCCUGAACCAAACCCGACAAUCCCAAACGCCCCAAAUCCUCGGCUAUGCUCAAGAUAAAACUAUCGAAGAGGAAGUGGAUAUCGUGAUGGCGGCCGAGCACCUGCGCUUCGCCGCAGAUGCGCUCGCAAAGAUCACCGGCCAAGGCGAGAGUGGAGACGUGGAGGACGUCUUGGGCGUUGUGUUCGAAAAGUAG